AUGGGUGAGCCAGAGGAAGAAGCUUUGCAAAGGAAACUGCUGAAGGAAUCUGCACUGCGAAAUGUGGAGGCAGAAAGAGAAGACAGAGACGUGGAACACGCAGCAGUCACACCAAGUAACCCAGGUACCGCAGAUUGGUACCAAGAGAAGGAACACGACUCACCGUUACCACUGCAAGAGAUCUUGCCGCCAGCGAAUCUUGCCCAAACACCUCGCACACCCACGGAGGCCCCGACGCAACAGAGCGACGUGGCGGAAGCACCACCAUCUGCUGCUUUGACAGAGGGAGAAAUGAUGGAUAUGAACAGCGGAGAGGACAGUCUCGAGUCUGAAGAACGGGAAAAGAGCCAACUACCUGCCUUAUCUCAACCAUUCGGACGCGAGCCAAAGUACGGCAGCACCGAAGAGUUUCGUCUGCGCGAGAAACGGUCGGUGCAUUCUUACCUUGCAUGGCUCCAACACCGCCAGACGCGCUUCCCCACCGCACCGCCAAAUUCUUCCGAGAUCAUUCUGAUCGCAGAGCAGUUAAACAGACCAGAGGCGACUGUCUACGAUGACAUCCUAUACCGCUGGGGCUUUGAGACAAACAGCAAGUGCGGGGCGUGGUACAAACAGAACCGCUUGACGGUGCUCGGGAAAGAUCCAAGGUUCGAUGAGGAAACCAUGGGGAAAUGGGAUGCAUGGGUCAAAGAAGGCAGAGAUGAUUUAGCAAAGAGAGAGUCGCGAUGA